CUUGGGUUGGGUUACCUUUGUACUACAUACCCAUCUCUUUCUCUUUCUCUUUCUCUUUUGUUUUGAGGUGUUUUUCUGUAUCCUGAGAGAUCUGAAAAAUGGCCAAUGCCAAGACUAUACUUAUCUUUGCAAUUCUCUGUAUCCUCUUAAUGCAUGAGCUCCAGCCCAUUGCAGAAGCACAAGAAAUAGAUUGCAAGUCGAAAUGUGAAUACAGGUGCAGCAAGGCAUCAAGGCAUAAGAUGUGCAUAAGGGCAUGCAACAGUUGCUGUGAGAGGUGCCAUUGCGUCCCACCAGGUACUUCUGGCAAUCGAGACGUCUGCCCUUGCUAUGCCCACUUGAAAACCCAUGGUGGCAGGCUCAAGUGCCCUUGAAAUAAUUUACACUCCACAUGGAUCUAUAUCUAUACACACAACUACUAUGGCAAUAAUGCAGGUUUUUGACCUAAUUAUGCAUGCAGGACCAUGACUUUUGAGUGCUGUAACUUUUCCAAGAUUGGAAUAGUUUUGUAAAUCUUGGAAAAAGGAAAAGAAUUGAUAUUUAUAUAUUAUCUAAAUUAUUUAUAAUAUAAGAUGAAUUGUGUCUGCUCAA